AGAGAAGGAGUGAUGCAUCGUGGCAAGACGAUGGUUCAAUUGAACCUAUUACGCGGAUUCUGUGAGUAUCGUAUCGUUGGGAAGACGAGAUUGAGGAGGUGAAAUUGUUCGAGCCGAAGCACGUAAAGAUGAAGAAGAAGACGCUCUGAAUUCGACCGCCGAGGCAGUCCUCCUAGAUGUUAAGAUAGAAGAUGAAUUCGAUAGACCGUGCAGGGGAAUAAGUACACUGAAUGAAGUCAAAACAUAAAAGCACUUAGAAAAGAUGCCCUUCACGCAUUUCGCGCACCACAUCUCCUCCUUUCUCGACCGGAUGGUGACCAGUUUUGCCGAGCAGCAGAUUCCGGGGCAGCGCACUUGCCCCAUGAGCACCGUCACCACCUCCAGCACGAAGAAAGUGGAUCUGAACGGCGCGAUACACCAUGCGGAAAUUAGCAGACAAUUUGCGAACUCUUUCAAAGACACGACUUUCACCGCGGCGGCCGGGACGCCCCAGGAACACGUGAUGAAUAUUUACUCGCAGUCCGCCGCAAACGCGGUGGCGGAGUUGUCCAAGGGGAUUGACAUCAUGAAGAAAGAAGGCUACCAAGCAGCCGCACCGCAGGUAGAUAUGACGGCGGGGCAACGGGCACAAGCAGCCGGGCCAGGAGUCGGAAACGUGCAGGGAUAUUAACUAGGCGAAAGCAUCCAUUGUUAUUUUCGCAUGUCUUGGUUUUCCGUUUUGGUUCCGUCUCAGCGGAUGAAUAUCGACCUGCACAGGAAUUCCCGUAGCUGAGCUAACUUUGCGUUUCGUUCUAACUGAUUUUGCGGAAUGUUUCAAAGCGAAGACUUGUUUGUCGCAUCUCUUAUUUCUGUCUAGUACGAAGUUGCUGCAACAAAUACAAACUACG